AUGCUUGAUCUCGUGGAAACCAGGGCCGAGGCGAGGGACAUGAUAACCGUCAUGGACCUCAGCAUGGAGCUCAUAACGCCCCUCCACCAUGGUCCUCUCCUCCUUGGUAGUGGUAGCAAAAGUACUCAGCCUGACAACCAUGGGGUUAGACUUUGCCACCAUGGGCUAUGCCUUCGUUCCCGUAUCCCACCUCUCAGCAGGCAUACCCUACUGGAGGACAGAGGUGGUCGGUCCUACCUACUGAUUGGCUUCUCCAAGACCCGGUAUGAUGGUCAUGCCUUGGCGGCAUUCCUGGACAGGCUCGCCUCUCUGACUUUCGUAGAGGGAGUGAGAAUUUCUCUUCCAAUCCAGUAUUUCCUUUGGAACGGGGAUGUCAAGCGGCGCUCUAAGGUUGUUAUUGAUCGGUUAUUCUUCGGGGACGAUUAG